AUGACCAACGUUGAACAAUUUGUCGAAGACGCCAUCAAGAAUAACAAGGUUGUAAUCUUUACCAAGAGCACCUGUCCCUACUGUAAAAAGGCAAAAGCUCUUUUGGAUGGAUACAAUAUCAAGUAUGAAAAUAUUGAAUUGGACAAGCAUCCCAACGGUGAAGCUAUUCAGGAGUAUUUGGCCAAGAAAACUGGUCAAAAGACUGUCCCCAAUAUCUUCAUUGAUCAAAAGCAUAUUGGUGGUUCUGAUGAACUGACAAAGCUUGAAGGUGGAGGUGAACUCCAAGGACUCAUUGCUUAA